AUGAAACCACCCAUGAACCUUAAUCACAUCCAGAUUGUUGAUCGCACAAGCGAGAUGGUGAUACAUCCGAAAAGACGUUAUUCAUAUUGCAUAAAGUUGAUUGGGGAAAUGGAAGAUGAUGGUGAAAAUGCAGUACCAUCUAAGCGUCAUACACAAUCGUUCGAUUGCGGUAGACGAGAACAAGGUUUACUAAAUCCAGAACAAAUCCCUCGUAUCGUUCGCCGAAGUCUUCUCGAUCUACACAAAGCAACGGUCGAAAUGGCGCAACCAUUCACAAAAUACUCGUCAUCGUUAUCCAUAGGCGAAAAUCAACGACAACAAAAACCAUUGAUAAUGGGAACAUCCAGCCGUUAUGUGCAAGAAUCACCGGUGUAA